AUGAUCACUGAUAACUCCGGAAAAUCACAUGAUGUCCUGCUCUCUAACGAAAAGUUCGAUCCGAUCGAGUUGGAAAAUCGAUAUGUUCAUCAAGUAUAUGAUGUGAUAGCCUCUGAGUUCAGUUCUACUCGACAUUCACCUUGGCCUAGUGUUGUGAAAUUUAUUGAAGCACAAUCACCGGGUAGCCUUGGUGUUGACGUAGGUUGUGGAAAUGGAAAAUAUCUUACUGCAUCAUCAAAAUAUUAUGCUGCUAUGAGAGCUAGCACUUCAUCAACUAGUGUACAGUGCAAAAGUAUAGUUACCACUUCUAAUUUCAUUCCUAUCGCUGCUAUGGAGAGAAGCCCCAAACUAGCAGAGAUUGUAUAUAACAGAGGCUUUGAUGUAGUCAUAGGUGACAUACUACGAAUACCUUAUUGCUCAGAACGCUUUGAUUUUUUUCUAUGCAUAGCUGUUAUUCAUCAUUUAUCCACUAUGGCUAGGCGUAUAGAAGCAGUUAAUGAGUUGGCUCGUAUUUUACGCGUUGGAGGUCGAGGGUUAAUACAAGUUUGGGCUAAAGAACAACGUGGUAUUUCAAAAUCUGAACCGUCAUAUUACGUUAAUCGUAAGACAAAAACUGUUUGUAAUGUCAAUGAUUCUCCAGAAUCACUCUCGAAAAUCGUCGAAGCUGUCCCUGGUACCUAUUUACCUUUACAUGUCAAUGGUACAGAAUUUCAAAAUACAGAUAUGUUAGUUCCUUGGAAGAAAAAAAACUGCAAGGUGACCGAUCAGUUGAAAGUUACUUCGUUACACAAUCAUCUAAUGUUUGUUAACUCCAUGAGUUCUAAUCACUAUUUCAAUGUUUUGGGACUUUCUCUCCCAAACUUCGUUUAUUUAUCCGAAACAAAAUUUUUAAUGAUCUUAUUGAACUCGAUCGGAAUCUUCCCUACAUCAUGAUACAUAUUCUCAUCUCUAAUCACCCUCGUAUGUAUAAGUAUGUCAGUAUCUGUAAUAACAUUGAUUUUCAAAUAAUUUAGGUUGUAAGCAGCUGAUGAGAACCUAACGAAAUGAAAUCAAUUCAUAUUAUUCUGCAACGAUCUUCGUUCUUGCUCUCUUUAACAUUUUAUCAUUAAUGAUCAAAAUCUAUAUCUUUCCACCUUUUAUCAUAAAUUGUUUUUUUGCUCCUAUUUCAUUACCACUGUUAUUACUACAUUUAUUAUUUUUCCUCUUACUCAUGUUAAUUUCCCCCUCUCUCUCUCCCUCUAUGUAUACAUUCUUUAUAUAGUUGUAAUGUCUUGAACUGUUAAACUACUUCAAGCUUGUAUCUUUCUCUGUAUGUUGAUAAACAAAUGUUUCAUUGUUAUAUAUGAUACUAACGUUACACUAUGCUAUCCAAAAGUCUAACGCAACUGUAUAAAAAAGUCAACUACACAGGUUUUCAAUAUCCCCAUUGAUUUUCAGCCUCCAACAUUGAAGAAAACAAAUAAAUCAUGAAAGUUUAUAAGAGCUCCGAUAUACAACUUAAAAUCCAUGCGUAUUCACGGAAAGACUUUGUAUUUUCCUGAGAGUCAGUUACUAAGGUUAUACAUAUAACUUGAUGCUUACACUUUGGAGAAUUAAAUGUUGUGAUCUAGAAAACUCUUUUCUUAAUUUAUUCUGAUCGAGUCGUUGGAAAAUAUAACAUUUCUCAAUAAAUAACUUUACAGAAACACAUUUUUUUUUCUUAAAACGUUUGAACAGAUAGUCAUUUGGUAUGAGAAAUUUAUUACAGCAUUAGUAAACAUAUCAGACAUUGUUAGAAUAAUUGAUGUACAAACUCGAAGGUGAGAAGAAUUUGAUCACAUUUUUAUUCAAGUAAUAUUCUGGGUAUUAUCAUAUUAGUGUCCGGUAGGUUUCAAAACGGCUUAUUAUUUGUCAUUAUCUCGGUUGAUAUUAUUUUAGAUCUGUAGAUUUAUACGUGAAUUAGGUGUCUAUUUCAUACAGUUCAUCAGUAGUCUUAAAUAAUGUAGGUUAUAUGACAUAAAUGUUGUAUAUCACCGCAAUUUGCCAC